AUGUUUUCGGCAUCAGAAAUCAGUAAAAUUGCUGAAGUUGAAGUUUACCAAGGAGUUUAUUAUGAUCAACUAAAAAGGCCGAUUGCUAACGGUCUAUUAGACCCCAAAAUGGGGCCUACCAACAAAAUGGCUGGUAUUUGUGCAACAUGUCAUGCAAAAUUCGAAAACUGUCAAGGUCAUUAUGGAUAUCUGACUCUUGCCCUUCCUGUUUUCAAUAUUGGAUAUAUCGGUGCCAUUCGAGAUGUUUUGAGGUGUAUUUGUAAGUCUUGUUCACGUAUUCUGCUACCUGAGAAAGAUCGUCUAGAAUAUUUGAAAAAGAAGAGGAAAGCUGAUGUAUUGCACAAAAUUGAUAUGAAGAAAAAGAUUAUGAAGAGGUUUUCCAACUUAAAAAAAAUAAAUUGCUCCAGAUGCGGACAUGUGAAUGGAAAAGUGACGAAGGGUGCUUCACCAUUGGCGGUAGUUCAUUGUUCCCAAAAUCAGAAUAGUGUUGAUGAAGGCAGAGAAACAUCCAUUUGUAAUAUUAUACAUCCACAUGAUGCACUCUUCUUAUUCAACCAAAUGUUGGAUCAGGACUGUGAGCUACUCUGUCUUGCUGAUAGACCAGAGAAGCUUAUAUUUACCAACAUAUUAGUUCCUCCAGUGGCCAUUCGUCCUUCCAUUUUUGUGGAUGGAGGAACUUUAAGCAAUGAAAAUCCCAUUACUGAGAGGCUAAAGAGAAUUAUUCAAGCAAAUGCUUGCCUUCGUCAGACAAUGGAAGAUUCAUAUGACGGCCUUCGUUUUCUGGAUGACUGGAAUUAUCUUCAAGUUGAAGUUGCUCAAUACAUAAACAGCGAUGUUCGUGUUGCUUCACUACAAUCUACAAAACCAUUGUCUGGGUUUGUUCAACGCUUAAAAGGAAAACAAGGACGUUUUCUUGAAAACCUGUCAGGGAAGCGUGUUGAGUUCACUGGAAGGACUGUCAUAUCUCCUGAUCCUAAUCUGAAAAUUACAGAGGUUGCAGUUCCACAACUAAUGGCAACAAUCUUGACUUAUCCCGAGCUUGUCAACCAUCACAACAUAGAAAAAUUGAAGCAGUGUGUGCGAAAUGGGCCAAAGAAGAAUCCAGGUGCAAAGUUUGUAGUAGAAUCCAAUGGUGAUAAGAGGGAUUUGUCAUUUGGUAAUAGAAAAAGAAUAGCUGAUGGACUGAAUUUUGGUGACAUAGUUCACCGUUUCUUGGAAGAUGGUGAUGUUCUUCUUUUUAACAGGCAACCAAGUUUGCAUCGGAUGUCUAUGAUGUGCCAUAGGGCUAGAAUAAUGCCAUGGAAAACGUUGAGAUUCAAUGAAUCUGUUUGCAAUCCUUACAAUGCUGAUUUUGAUGGUGACGAGAUGAAUAUUCAUAUCCCACAAAAUGAAGAGGCUAGAGCAGAGGCUUUAACGUUGAUGGCGGUGCAAAACAAUCUAUGCACUCCUAAAAAUGGAACUAUUUUAGUUGCUUCGACUCAAGACUUUUUGACGUCGUCAUUUCUCAUUACAAGGAAGUAUACAUUUUAUGAUCGUGCAGCGUUUUCUCUUAUUUGCACCUACAUGGGAGAUGGAAUGGAUGUGAUUGAUUUGCCAACACCAGCAUUGAUCAAGCCAAUUGAGCUCUGGACUGGUAAACAGCUAUUUGAUGUUUUGCUGUGCCCACAUGUGCAAAUGAAAGUAUUUGUUAAUCUUACUGUAAAAGAGAAGAUUUAUUCCAGAGUUGAAGACAGAAAGACGGGUAUUAGAGAGGAAACCAUGUGUCCGAAUGAUGGUUUUGUUUAUUUUCGCAAUAGUGAGCUGAUAUCUGGACAAUUAGGAAAAGCUACCUUAGGGAAUGGUAAUAAAGUUGGUCUUUUCUCUGUUCUUCUUCGGGAUUAUAAUGCAUAUGCUGCUGCAGCUUGCAUGAAUCAUCUGGCAAAAUUAAGUGCUAGGUGGAUUGGUAAUCAUGGGUUUUCGAUCGGCAUUGAUGAUGUCCAACCUGGAAAAAAUCUGACUCACCGGAAGGAAGGCAUUAUAUCAAAUGGAGAAUGUGAUAAGCUAAUAAAGUCCUUCAGUGAGGGAAAGCUGUCUCUCAUGCCUGGCUUUGAUGCUGCACAAACUCUAGAGGCUAAAAUAACAGGAGAAUUAAAUAGCAUGCGUGAAGCAGCGGGAAAGGUUUGUAUGGAAGAGCUUCACUGGAGGAACAGUUCCUUGAUAAUGUCACAAUGUGGUUCAAAAGGUUCACCAAUCAACAUUAGCCAAAUGGUUGCCUGUGUUGGUCAGCAAGCAGUUGGAGACCGUCGAGCUCCAGAUGGCUUCAUUGAAUGCAGUCUGCCACAUUUUCAUAGAAAAUCCAAGGCCCCUGAGGCUAAGGGAUUUGUUGCGAAUUCAUUUUACACUGGCUUGACAGCUACUGAAUUCUUUUUCCAUACAAUGGGAGGACGAGAAGGUCUUGUAGAUACAGCUGUUAAAACUGCUACAACUGGUUAUAUGUCUCGUAGACUGAUUAAAUGCUUAGAGGACCUAGUUGUUCAAUAUGACAUGACUGUACGAAAUUCUAGUGGAUUUGUCAUUCAAUUUUUGUAUGGUGAUGAUGGAAUGGAUCCGUCUCAAAUGGAAGGAAAUGAAGGGUUUCCUCUGGAUUUUGAGAGAUUGCACUUGAAAGUGGAGGCUACUUGUCCUGCUGGAAGAAGUGAAAAAUUAUCUCCUUCAGAAAUUUCUGAAAUUAUAAAUAAAAGGCUUUCAAAAGAUGAUGUGACUUCUUACGGUGCUGGGUCUGAUGCCUUUAAGAAGAAGUUGUUGGAGUUCUUCGAAAAACUGGGCCAAAGAAGGUGCUGUGUAUCUAUAAAGCAGCUAAAGGUUUUCUUAGACAACUGUAUCUCUCGCCUUCAAUCAAAAUGGAUUGAAUCUGGAACUGGAGUAGGAGCAAUUGGAGCUCAAAGUAUUGGGGAGCCAGGGACACAAAUGACGUUAAAAACCUUUCAUUUUGCUGGAGUUGCCAGCAUGAAUAUCACCCUUGGAGUUCCACGUAUCAAUGAAAUUAUAAAUGCAAACAAAAAGAUAAGCACUCCAAUAAUUAUGGCAAAACUCAAGGAUGAGAAAAGUAUGGAGAUCGCAAAGAUUGUAAAAGGAAAAAUUGAGAAGACAAUGUUGGGUCAGGUUUCCAAGAGUAUAAUGUUGGUAAUGAAAUAUGAUGGAGCAUCUAUAGUUAUUAAACUCGAUGCGGAGCAAAUCAAUUCUUCACAGCUGUUUAUUGAUGCUCGUAUUGUUAAGGGCAAGAUUUUAAAAUCUCUGAUAGCACCAAAGGAUCACGAGAUGGAAGUAAAAGUUGUUAAUGAUUAUAAGCUGUCUGUCAAGCUUAAGGGUAAAGAUAUUAAAGGUGCAUAUUUUCCUCUCCACCAGUUGCAGAAUAAGCUGCCCAUGGUUAUUGUUAAGGGCAUAUCUACAGUUGAACGUGCAAUUAUUGCUGACGAUGGAGGGAAAAUUGGGAAGCUCAAUUUGAUUGUUGAAGGAACUGGUCUCAGGGAGGUGAUGGGAAUUUGUGGAAUCAAAGGGUGCAAGACAGAAAGCAAUCAUGUAAUGGAAGUGCAACAAACACUUGGAAUAGAAGCUGCAAGGAGCUGUAUCAUUAAAGAGAUACAUAAAGUUUUGAAAAGUAAUGCAAUGGAUGUAGACACACGGCAUAUGAUGCUUCUUGCUGAUGCGAUGACACUUAAGGGGAAGGUUUUGGGAGUUACAAGAUAUGGUAUGGCAGAAAUGAAAGAAAGUGUAUUGACGUUGUCGUCAUUUGAGAAGACAGACUUCCAUCUUUUUAACGGUUCUGUACAUGGGAGGAAGGAUGAGAUCAAAGGAGUAGGCGAACGUAUCAUCAUGGGCAUACCGGCACAGAUUGGCACUGGAAGUAUAAAAAUUAGACAAAGGUAUGUUUGCAAGCUCUCAUUAUGGUGUCUCUGUUCCUUUCUUUUUGGUGCAUGGGAUCUAAUGAAAUUUACAAAUGGAUUACACAUCUGUUGACUGUUGGUAUUGAAGCCAAUACAUGCAUGAGUCCCACUUGUAAAGUAAAAAAAUGAAAAAAAAAAAAAGUUGAAAAAAAAAAAUCUUAUUCUUAAUUCUUUAAAGUCUAUAUUUGUAUGGAGUGAUUAAAAACCCCUUGACUCUUCAUGGAUAUAAUAUCGACACCGCAUCUCCUAAAUCCUUGCUUUUCUACCCUUAAAUUCUUCAUAUAAUAAUUGGAUUGGUAAUAAGUGUUUUCAUUUCCUCUCUCUUUACCCUGGAUUGAUGAUGAGUUCCUUCAUUUCCUCCAUUUACUCAUUUGAAGUUUAGACUUACAAAAGUUUUGGUUUAUAGUCUUAUAUAUAAAGUGAUUAAUUUUGUUGUUGGGGAUAAUGGUUCAUUAAGACAUUUGAGUAAUCAUUUGAUAUUCUGAGGCCUUGUUUGGUUGCCCUUAAUUUCCAUAGGCACUUAAAAUAUCCAUGAAUUUUCUUUUGGCCAUUUUGUUUGGUUGACAUUAAACAGCAAAAAUGGAGUAAGUCACAAUUCAUGGAAAUUACAAUAUCCCACAAAACAUGCGAAUUAUUUACCCAACCCACCCUUGAUCGAUCACAAUUCUUAGGAUUUACUUAUUCCCAAUGACAAACAAACACAUUUGUGUAAUUCCUAUGAAUUUUUUAAGGAAAGUAAUUUCCCAUGCAUAAGAAUUUCCCAUAGGAAUUUAUUUCCCACAUGAACCAAACGAGGCCUCAAAAUUGGGUCUUUGUUUCAUGCAAGUGGAAGUGGUUAAAAAAAUAUUACAUUGAGGCAACAUUGUUUAUAAUGGUAAAAAUCCAAAUGGCUUUUAGCCUAACACUUCUCACCACUGAGCCAACAUAUUUUACUUACUAUUAUUAUUAUUGCUAUUAUUGUAAAACAAUAAUCUUAGUAAUAAUAUCAUAGUAAUUUGGUUUGUAGGGGGGUGUCCUGCAAUUGCUCACUUUGUACAUCCUUAAAGCACCCUGCAACCAUGUGUUCAAUGUAAAUAAGCAUAUAAAUGGCAAGUAGUUUUUUUCUUUUGUUGAUUAGAGACAUUUUGAAGCCAUCUUUUAGUCGUUUGCCCUGAUACCAGCAUGAUAUUUGAUGUCCUGAGCUUGAAGCCAUCUUUUAGUCGUUUGCCCUGAUACCGGCAUGAUAUUUGAUGUCCUGAGCUGUUUGAUGUUCUGCAUCUCAAAGUUGCGCCUAAUUCUGCUCUCUUGCUCAGAGUGGAUCUGCCGCCAACUCUCAGAAAUGGAGCUGAUCUGAUAGUAUCUUGAAUGAUCAAUUUGGAGUUGAAUAACUGAUCAUCUGACUUGUUGAGAGGUAGGCAGGUAGCAAUACAGGGAUUCUACUUAUUUGUUGUCUAUAAAACUUUGGUUCUUAAGAGUUGUAAAUACACGUUUUGCUAGUGUACUUUCAUGCAGGAAUUUUGAUAUACUCUUUCCUGUUCGUACGACUGUGUUUCUGAAUAUAAUAAUAGUGAAAAAUAUACGAAGUAUUAUUUUUG